AUGGAGGAUCAAAAGCAAACGAGUUUCACGUUUGAGAUAGAUAACUUCUCGGAGAAGGAAGCUACGAUAUCAUCACCAACAUUCUCAAGCGGUGGCUGCGAAUGGUUUGUUAAUGUUUAUCCCAAAGGAAGUUAUAAUGUUGAUGAUCACUUGUCUAUGUACCUCCAAGUUGCCAAUCCUAAAUCAUUGAGACUUGGAUGGAAAAGACGAGCUGAUUAUUCCUUCUUUCUGGUGAAUCAAUCAGGCCAAGAGCUCUUCAAAAUAAAUGAAUCGUUGAGCCAAUUGUUCUGCGCUCAGUUCUCAGGACGGGGUAUUGCAAAGGCCGUACCUCUUAAGAAGCUUCAAGAAAAAGGGUUUCUAGAGAAGAACAAAUUGAUAGUUAAAGUGGAAGUCAAAGUAGUUGAAGUUGUUGAUCAAGGAAAAACAACUAGAAAAGAGACGAUUGAUUAUAAUGGUUUCCACGUUCUGAAUUCUCAGGUUUAUUCAGUGAGUCGGGUUUUGGUAGAACAUCCUGACUUUGCAGAAAAGUUGAGAUUUAAGAACCAACUGCUGAAGACAAGUUUCAUGAAUAUCCUCCUCGGUCUCAUCCAGACACUGGAAAAGCCUCCACAUAGCACCUCUGAGACUGAGCUAAGCAACGCGCAUAGCCAAUUGAUCGAGCUAACGGAAGCGGGUUUCAAGCUGGACUGGUUGAAGACAAAGCUUGCUGAGGUUACCUUGGAGAGGAAGAAAUCAAAUUCUGAUGAUUGUCAAGUCCAAGAACUCGAGGAACAAAACAAGAAUGUCAAAGUUGAACUGAACAAGGGGAAAACAAAGUCUACUGCUAAAGUCGUAUCACUGGAGCAGAAAGUGUCGGAUCUUCAAAGUGAUGAUCUUAACAAGAAGACGGCCAAAUCUGCUUCUCCUAAAGCUUUUUCGUUCAAGGAUGUUGUUUACUUUUGGAAUACCAAGAAGUAA